AUGAUGCUCUCUAUCAUGAAGAGUCUCCUGGUCACGGCCGCCGUUCUGCCGCUCACUGCUCUGGCCCAGCCUCAGAUCAUUACUAUCACGGCUACUGCCGACAACAAGUUUGAGCCUAACAGCAUCAUCGCCAACGUCGACGACAUUCUCGAGUUCUACUUUGGCAAGGGAAACCACAGUGUCGUCGCAGGCAGCUACAAGAAGCCCUGCACCCCUCUAGAGUACCCGGCCGGCUUCUUUUCCGGCUUUGUCGACCACGUUGACGAUCAAGAUGCCACCGUCUUCCGCGUCCAGCUCAACAACAGCGAUCCCAUCGUCUUCUACUCCUCCGUCGAGGACCAGUGCCCCAAGGGAAUGGUGGGCAUGGUCAACGCACACGGCAACAUGACGCUCGAGACAUACGAGAAGACGGCCAAGUCGCUGCCGGAGGGAACGAGCCCACCCUUCAGCGUCGGGCUGUACGGCGGUCACUUCGCCUCGGCCGACGUCAUCGGCACGCACGAUGAGGACGACGGCAACGUCAACGACGGCAGCGACAGCCCUGGCAGCAAGACCGGCUCGAGCGUCAACGCCUUCACCGGACUGAGCGGCGGGAGCGUCAUCGAAGCGCCGGGCCUCUACUGCCUGGUCGCUGCCGCCUUUGGAUUUGUCUACCUCGUGGUAUGA